CCGCUGGGUGGCAGGCGACGUCGACUGGUUGUCUGCAAGCAAAGAUGGCGGUGCGGAAGAAAGACGGCGGCCCGAAUGUAAAAUAUUUCGAAGCGUCUGAUACCGUCUCUCAGUUUGAUAAUGUCCGCGUCUGGCUGGGAAAGAAUUACAAAAAGUACAUCCAGGCCGAGCCCCCGACCAACAAGUCUCUGUCCAGCCUGGUGGUCCAGCUGCUCCAGUUCCAGGAGGAGGUGUUCGGUCGACAUGUCAGCAACCCUCCGCUCACCAAACUGCCUAUGAAGUGUUUCCUGGACUUCAAGUCAGGGGGGGCUCUCUGUCACAUCCUGGCUGCUGCCUACAAGUUCAAGAGUGACCAAGGAUGGCGCAGGUUUGACUUCCAGAAUCCGUCUAGGAUGGACCGAAAUGUGGAGAUGUUCAUGACCAUCGAGAAGUCGUUAGUGCAGAACAACUGCCUGACUAGGCCUGUCAUCUACCUGAGCCCUGACAUAGAACCAAAACUGCUUGGGAAACUGAAAGACAUCAUCAAACGACAUCAGGGUUCAGUGACUGAGGACAAGGCCUCCAGCUCCCACGUUGUCGUGCCUAUUCCUAACAGUCUGGAGGAAGAGGAGUGGGUGCGUCCCGUGAUGAAGAGAGAUAAGCAAGUGCUGCUCCACUGGGGAUAUUUCCCCGACAGCUAUGACACCUGGAUCCCAGCCAGUGAGAUUGAGGCUGGGGUGGAGGAUGCUCCGAGCCCAGAAAAACCCAGGAAGGUUCAUGCCAAGUGGAUUUUAGACCUGGACCAGUAUAACGAGUGGAUGAAUGAAGAGGACUACGAAGUGGGUGAGGGCUGCCCUAAGAGGAAGAGGAUCUCUGCCAAGACCCUGACAGAUGAGGUGACAACACCCGACGAGAGGCGGGACAAGAAGCCCGGCAGUGCCAAGAAGAGGAAGCGCUCACCGUCGCCCUCCCCCACCCCUCCAACCCAGGAGAGCAAGAAGAAGAACACCAAGAAAGGGCCAACAACCCCGUACACCAAGUCUAAACGGGGCCAGAGGGAGGAAGAACAGGAGGAGCCCAGUAAGGACUUAGAUGAAGCGUCUCCUGUUCCAGCAUCUGAAGAGGGAAACCCAGCUAAGACAAAUAACACUAAGAAAGACUCUGAUUCAACUCCAGUCAAGGGAGGAACAGAUUUGGAUGAGCAAGAAGACGAGUCCAUGGAAACAACAGGGAAGGAGGAGGAAGAAGGCUCUCCGAGUGUGAAGGGUGAACCAGUGAAAGGCUCAGACCUUCACGAGGACAAUGUGACUGAGCAAACCCACCACAUCAUCAUCCCGAGCUAUGCUGCCUGGUUUGACUACAACAGUGUUCAUGCCAUUGAGCGCAGAGCCCUGCCAGAGUUUUUCAAUGGAAAGAACAAAUCAAAAACCCCUGAGAUUUACCUGGCAUACAGGAACUUCAUGAUCGACACCUAUCGACUGAACCCUCAGGAGUACCUCACCUCCACUGCCUGCCGCAGGAACUUGGCUGGAGAUGUGUGUGCAAUCAUGAGAGUUCACGCCUUCCUGGAGCAGUGGGGUCUGAUCAACUACCAGGUGGACUCUGAGAGUCGACCAACACCCAUGGGUCCUCCACCCACCUCUCACUUCCAUGUCCUGGCAGACACUCCAUCAAGUCUGGUGCCCCUGCAGCCUAAGACCGCCCAGACUCCUGCCACCCAGCAGAUGAUGUCAUUCCCAGAUAAAGUGAAAGAUAAACCAGCAGAUCUGCAAAACUUUGGGCUGCGGACGGACAUGUACAGCAAGAAGAAUGCCUCUGCAAAGAGCAAGAGUGCAGCAAGCUCCAUGAGGGAGUGGACAGAACAAGAAACACUACUACUACUUGAGGGCUUGGAGAUGUACAAGGACGACUGGAACAAAGUGUCAGAACAUGUGGGCAGCCGUACGCAGGAUGAGUGUAUCCUGCACUUCCUGCGGCUGCCCAUUGAAGACCCCUACUUGGAGGACAGCUCCUCGACCCUGGGACCACUGGCCUUCCAGCCCAUACCUUUCAGCCAGGCAGGAAACCCUGUCAUGAGCACUGUGGCCUUCCUCGCGUCAGUAGUAGACCCACGUGUGGCCUCGGCUGCAGCUAAAUCUGCUCUCGAGGAGUUUUCUCGUAUGAAAGAGGAGGUACCUGCUGCCCUGGUCGAGGCUCAUGUGCGGCGGGUGGAGGAGGCAGCCAGAGUGAGCGGCCGCCAGGACCCUCUGUACGGCCUGGAGGGUAGUGGCAUUGCAGGCACUGGCCUGGAGGAGGGAGACAGACCUGAGGAAAGCACUGAUGAAAGCAAGAGUGAGAGCCAGUCAAGUGAAGAGAAGAGAGAGGCCAAGGAAAGCAAAGAUGGAGCGAUUGAGGAAGAGGAAAAGCAGGCAGAAAAUGGAAAGAAGGAGGAAGAGAGAGGAAGAGAACCUGAAGGAGAGAGGGAGGCAGACAAAACAGAGUCCGAUCUUGGUGACGGCGAGAAGGAGAAGGAGGGAAAAGAGGGAACAGAGGAAGGACAAAGAGAAGGAGAGAGUGAGGGAGAAAGGAAGGCCAAGGUAGAGCGUGAAGUUGGAGAGGGGAACCUGGCCACUGCUGCUGCAUCUGCUCUCGCUGCCGCUGCCGUGAAAGCUAAGCACCUGGCUGCAGUGGAAGAGAGGAAGAUCAAAUCUCUUGUGGCUCUGCUGGUGGAAACUCAAAUGAAGAAGCUGGAGAUUAAACUGCGACACUUUGAAGAACUGGAAACCAUCAUGGACAGAGAGAGGGAGGCUUUGGAGUACCAGCGGCAGCAGCUGCUGGCUGACCGUCAAUCCUUCCACAUGGAGCAGUUGAAGUAUGCUGAGAUGAGGGCUCGCCAGCAGCACUUCCAGCAGAUUCAGCACCAGCAGCACAGCCAAGCCGGGGGCCCUCAUGCCAACCAGCCGGCCCCAGGCCUCCCGCCUCAGGCCGUGGCAGCGAGUCAGCAGGCUCCUAGCACACCAGCACCGCAGCCGGCUGCCAGCCCCGCCCCUCCGGCCUCUUCUGUCCCGGCUCCUGAGUCCCAGCCCCCUCAGGGAGCUCACACCUCGCCCCCCUGCCCCCCAAGCCAGACCCCGGCGACCCACUCCAACUCCAACUCCAACUCCAACUCCAACUCCAACUCCAACUCCAACUCCAGCACUACACCUGUUCUUCAUGAGCCCAACGCCCCCGUCUCCGGGGAAACACUCCACCCUGCAGCUCCAGUCCCUCCACCACAGUGAGAGAUCAAUACAUUUCCUAAGAAUCCGAAUGACUCUGACCACUUUGAAUCCUGCCUGUAUCAUCUGAAAUGAAGACGUCAUAAACUCAAGGAAGAGAACACAUUUUACUUUUUCAGCUUUGGUUUGUUUUUCCAGCAAGACAAUUGAUGUGAGAAAGAAAAACAUUAACGUCUUAAUCAAAUCAUCUCUACUUCGAAAAAAAAAAAAAGUCUGUUUCAAAUUGAAUGGCCCAAUGAAGAACAUUUGAUUUUCAUACUCUGUUCAUCCUGUGGUCGAAUGGACAGCAACAUUUCACUUCAUUAUAUUGAGCUUGACACCAGAGAUCUGGUGAAUGAAGAAGGUCUGACCAACAUGCUGGCACUCCAGGAGAAGAAGAGAAAAGACUCAUCUUGUGUUAUCAGUGUUUUGGAAGUUGUUGCAUUUAUUUUCCUGCAACAUUCUGUCACAGCUUAUGAAGUCUCAGGCUUCAUAAUCUCUCCACAGUUCCCCCCUUAUACUGAAGGUACUAAUUGAAAUAUAUGUAAGAAGAAAAUGCACUUUUAAUAUGUUUCCCCAGGUCUAGCUGAAAGACUUGAAGCAUCCAUGAAAUUGAACUUAAGCACUUACAUCGUCCUUAGAUACUUUUUCAUACUGAAGGUUUUGGAAACUUGAUUGGGAAUAUUGCCUUUUCCUCUCUAAUUUUUUAUUUGUAUUACAUGGACAAAGGUCACUCCACAAGGUCUGGCCUGAAGGUCGCAUGUCUAAAAAUCAGUGUCUCUUUCCAGAGUCAGUAAUGAAUGAAAAACGUUCAAGCCAGUUUGACAUUACUUUGAGUUUGUUUGGAUGCAGUUGAAGAGUAUGAAUUGUAAACUGGAGCUUCUGUUACAAACACUUUGUUGUUCCCCUGCAAUGAAAAAUAUGGGAGCUAUUUGAGAGUACUGACAGUAUUAUUCGUUUUAGUUAUCGUCCCCUUUCCAACAGCACUUACUGUCGUGUCAGUGAGGCGCUUCAGUUUUGCAAAUCUAGAUGAACUCAAAGCAUCCAGGUUGCAGUUCAGUGAGGAAUGUAGUUUUGUUCAGGAGAUACGACUGACGAAGGCAGUCUGGGAAUAAUAAUUCUAUCAGCGUCAACAAAUAUGUUUUUUUUAUAAUUUGACUUUGUCUUAAUUGCUAAACCAAAAUGUUUUUAUAGUCAUGUCUAUCUCACAUGUGGCUGCUCGGGAAAUGAAGAGGUUGCUGUUUUUUUGGUUUCACAGCUUGUUUUUUUCGCUGGUGCAUUUUGAGUUACAAAUUGAAGAAAUGUUAACGCUGUCAAAAAAAAACAAGGGAGCUCGCACCUUAAACGGCUUACAAUGGAGAAUUAUGUCCUUAAUAUCUGCAACAAUAUCCUCACUUUUUAACCUAUAAAUUUUUUUAUAUUUCUUACUGUUCAUUUUUCAUCUUCUUUCUUUUACAUUGUAACUGUAUAUUAUUACCUUUGUAGCCUAUAUUUACCCUCUCCACUGUUGUGUAUGGUUCAGAUUCAAACAGGUCUGCUGGGUCUGUCUGAGAUAUGACUGUGAGCAUGAAUGUAUGUGAACUUAUGCCAUUAAGUUCUGUAAACCAUAUUACCAUUCAGUUUUAUUUUCAGUGCCAUUCAUUGUCACCGAGUUUGAAAAAAGAGACGAAAAAAAGAAACUAUUUCAUUCUGCACGUGGGAACCUCACGUCAGUGUCAUGAAAUAUAAUCCAGUCAGGAGGUGAAACUUUACAGUUUAUGUCCAUCAAGCCAGUAUUGCAGUCCUCACCACAGCUGUGAGCAUAAAUGGACUUCUUUUAUCUGUGUUAUUACUACAUUGUGUGGAUCUUGUGAUAUGAGUGUCCGUUCAGUUUCUGUAUGUUUUUCACUAUGCUGAAGGUAGCAGCAAUUGCAUUGAUUAUUAUAUCGUAGAAACCGAUUUUUCCUCAGUAAAUCAUCACAUUAGUGCUGACAGUUACUCUGGCAGUAGGUAUGGGAGAGAGAAAAAAUGACAGAACAAAAGCGGUUCAGGUUUUAAUUACAAAAUGUUGGGGGUUAAAAUAAAGAUGUGAAGAGGA